AUGACAUUACAUUUCAUAUUCAUAUUUCUUUUCACAUUAUUCAACGUGCCAAUAAGUGGCACAGAAGUAACAGAAUUGGAGUAUAACAUGAAAGGAUUAUGUGGUGAUAAUGUUGUUGAUAUAUAUUCAGAGGAAUGUGAUGGUACUGAAGGGUGUACAGAAGACUGUUUAUGUAGUGAUGGGUACACUGUUAAAGCUCAAGGCGGGUGUGAGCUUUUAUGUGCGUAUAAUUCCAAUUGUUUAACAGGAUGUUUAAAGCCUGAUAUGUGUGAAAUUUGUAACACGACUGUUGGGUAUACUUCUGAUUGUCAAAGUUGCCAAGAAGACUACAUUUGGUUUGGAGUUGGUCAAUGUAAAAGUAUAACUGAAGAAACAAUAGACACCUGUGGAACUUUUAUGAACCGUCAUUCGGAUAAUCCAAACUUUACUAUUUCUAUCAAUGCAGCGACUUUUAAUGGGUCUCUUAUAAUCGAUCAACCCGCUUUAGAUGUCCAGUAUUUAUCCAUCAAUAAAUGCACACGAUCAGUUGAUCGACGUAAACCAUACACGUAUGGAUAUUGGUUUAAAUUAGUAUCAGACACUACCCGGAAACUAUUUGUGCAAGUUGAUGAAAUAUAUUCACAAGAGGAUAAGGAGUAUUAUGAAUUUCAAGACAAAACAAUUGGAAACGACUACAUUAUCACUGUUCAAAAAAAGUGUUCGAAUUCAACAAGUCUGAUAACAGAUGACAAGUGUGUUGCGAGUAAUUAUGGAACAACCGAGAACGUCUUAUCACCACAAAUAUCAAUUGAAGCAGAAGCUAAUGUCCCUUAUUACUUAUUUGUUCACUCCAAAUUUGCAUCAUCUAAAAUGAAAGAUAUGAAACUUUUUGUGACUGGAAUCAAACAUGUUUGUUCAUAUGCUUCAGAGAGAUUGUACUGGGCGGAUUUGUCAAGAGGAAUAACUAAAGUUUUGAGUGAGGAGAAGAGUUUACUUUCAAAAAAUGUGUGUAACACUGAUUUGGUCAAAGGGCAUUGGUUCAGAUUUAUUGGUGCAGAUCAAAUACUCAAUUUUUCAAUGUGUAAUUCCAAAGAGGACAAAUUGAGUCUUGCCUUGAUGUCUGUUGACCCAAAAGACUAUGGAUAUUCUAUAUAUGAUAUUACUGUGGAUAUUGAUUGCUUGGACUUUACUAAGGCAAGAUGUGAACUUGAAAAAGACUCUGGAUGUCCAAACUCUAUUUUGCCAAAGAUGACAUUUACAUUUUCAAGUAAGAGGUGGUACUUUUUGUUUGUUGGAAUACACGAAGAGUCGAAUGUUGAAAUGGUUUUGGAUAUUGACUUAACUUGCACUGAUAAAUGUGGAGAACAUGGAUUAUGCUCGUCGUACUUGGGUGCUUGUACAUGCGAGGAACAUUACGUUCUGAAACAUGGGACGUGUGUAUUAUGUGGAAAUGGUCAACUUGAUGAGGGGGAAGAGUGUGAAUUGAGUAUAGAUGGGUAUGAUGACCCACAAUGCACAAGUGAGUGUAACUGUAUUUUUGGGACUGAACCCAUGCCUAUAGAUAACGUGACAAAAUGUGCUCUACCAACUUGUGGAAACAACCAAAUUGAUGAAAAUGAAGAGUGUGAUGGUGGAUUCGGAUGUGAUCAUUGUCUUUGCGUCAACGGAACCAAAAGUUACAACAAAUCCCGUCUUUAUUGUUUGGCUGCAACAUGUGGGAAUAAAAGGAUCGAUGGUGAUGAAGAGUGUGAUUCAGGUGAUUAUUGUGUUGAAUGUGAAUGUCAAGAAAAUAGUUACAAACACAAUCGUGACGUGAAUUGUUCCAAAUAUUCAUACAAAUUAAAAGGAGAUAUGUUUCUUGUUGAAGUAGUUGGUUCAUAUUUGAUUUUCUACUUUGUUGUAUGUAUUUGGGUGUUUGUUGCACACCACAAAUUGACUAAAGACAUCAAGCAAGAAAUUGAUGACGAGAAGUUGGUGAUAUUUGAGAACACGGUCAUUCCAUUUGACAAGACAAAUUCGCAAUAUAUCGACCUGAAGAUGGAAAACAGCUUCUUCAAUUUUUCUAAAAAAGCAAUUGAUUUUGGAGAGAAGCGACCAGAAAUUGACGAACCGUGUGAAGACGAAAUAACACUGACAAAUACUUGGACUGAAAAUAUGCAUUUCACGUUCCAUGCUGGUGAUUAUAACAAAUACUCUGUCAUGUGUAAACCGUUCAGUGGGACUGUUCGACCAAAAGAGAGUGUUAUUCUGACUAUUACUUUUAUUGCAAGGUGCACAACUGUUUUGAAUGAGAGAGUGCCCAUCACCAUUCGGUAUGGGAAGUUACAGAACAUCAUCAAAGAAAUCAAAAAGGAGAAUCCAGACUUGAUCGCACAAGCAUCGCAGUCGUCACAGAAUUCAGAAGGGGAAAAAUCAAGUUCCUCAGUCAAAAGGAGAGUGUCAAAUUCGGAAACAAGACCAUCCACACAGACAACGACGUCCUCGUCCAAAGGAAAUUCGUCUUCAAAGGACAAGUCGAGUAAAAAUUCAUCGAAAAAUUCGAAGAGUAGAAGAAAGAAAUCCAAAGUCUCGAAGUUCCACGUUUACUUGAACUUACAAGUAGAGUCCGCACUUUCUACUAAACUUGAUUAUGAAGAAAUUCACUUACAACAUCCGCCUAUUGGAGGCGGAACAUUUGGUAUUGUCUACAGAGCGGAGUGGAGAAAGGUGGAUGUUGCCGUUAAAGUGAUGAAAAGCGACUUGGUUGAUAUGAUGGAUUUACUUCCCAAUUUUGUACAAGAAGCUGAGAUGAUGGAGCGAAUUCGAUGUCCUUUCAUAGUCAACUUUAUAGGAAGUGUAAUAACUCCUGACACCUUGUGUUUAGUCACCGAAUUCUGUCAGCUGGGGUCAUUAAGAAAGUUCAUGCAGACAAACCCAAUUUCAGACUUUCUUAAAGUACGGUUCUGCCAAGAUGUAGCAAGAGGUAUGGAGUACUUACAUGAAAAUGACAUCUUGCACAGAGACUUGAAAACAGACAACAUUUUGGUGUAUUCUAAAAAUCCACACGACCCAACUACGACGAAAAUUAGUGACUUUGGGACAUCAAGGUCUUUCAUCGAAUCUUCAAGCAAAAUUGCGUUGCAGCAGAUUGGUACUCCAGUGUAUAUGGCGCCUGAAAUUUCAAGAAAAGACCAAAUGACGUUGAAGAGUGACGUGUUCUCCUUCGCGAUUUGUAUGUUGGAGAUAUGGGUUGGAAGAGAUGUUUACCCAUCUGACAAGUUCCCAGAUUCAGAGUCGAUUUUGAGGUUUGUCGGCGGCGGAAAAAGACUUGAAAUUCCUCAAAACUGCAUUUUUGCAAAUCUCAUCGAGAAGUCGUGGCAGCAUCAAGUUAACACAAGGCCAUCGUUCAAGGAAAUUUCUAAAGCACUUGACACAAUGGAAAAAACGUUCGCAAAUUCACAGAGGUCAGACUCAGACAGCUCGAGUAAAAAAAGGAAAUCCAUGAAAAAUAGUAAAAUAACAUCAAAAAACACAGAAACGACAACCACUUCACAACAAGAAAGUGAGGAGCCAACACCACGGUUUGUUCACAAAGAAGAAAAAUUCGAAAAUUCAGAAGAAAAACGAAUUGAAGAGAAAGAGGCGAAGAUUGAAGAGAAAGGAGAUGAUGACACACUCGAGAGUAAAUCGUCUGUCAAAGACAACUAA